CAUAUAUAUAAAAGAAAACAACACUUUUUAAAAUGUAUCCGGCAUUUACACCGGUACAUAUACCGAAGGUUCGCCAAACAUCUUUUUCUCUUGGUUUUCUUGAGAAAAUUCUGUAGUUUGUAAGCGAAAAGAUCCUCGGCUUCUACUUUAUUGAAGAGAAAACACCGGAAGUAAGCCACCAAGGACACCUGACUCAGGUAAACCAUUAGGAUGUUGUGGACCAGGCUCUGCCUUAGCAGUGUGGUUGCUAGAAGUUACAUUUUCAAAUAUUCUAUUACCUCUGCCAUAUCUUCUCUUACGUUUUUCACUGCUCAGGCAUAUUCUACAGCUGCUCCAACAGAUGAAGUAAACAAGGCACAACAUGCUGUUAAAACAUAUAAGAAUCAAGGACCAACAAUAUUCUCCAAGAUUAUUGAUAAAUCAAUCCCAGCUAAAAUUCUUUAUGAAGACGAUAAGUGCAUGGCUUUCUCUGAUGUCCAACCACAAGCACCUGUUCACUUCCUGGUAAUUCCUCGGAAACCAAUUCCAACUUUAAGUGAUGCUGAUGCCGAAGAUCAGAUGCUUCUGGGACAUUUACUGUUUGUGGCAAAGAAAGUGGCUGCUCAACAGAAACUAGAUAAUGGUUUCCGUGUGGUAAUAAACAAUGGAGUUGAUGGAGCACAGUCCGUGUAUCACCUACACAUUCAUGUGUUGGGUGGACGACAGAUGACGUGGCCCCCUGGUUAACAGAAUAUGAUUGUUCAGCAUCUGAUCCUUCUGCCUUUUCUAAUUUGCUUUCAGUUUUCUGUUCCUUUUUGUUUUGUCUUAAAGGACUAAUGGAAUCACUUAUGUUCUUUGAUAGCUAAUCAGGUGAUAGAUAUUAUAUAAAGUUUAAUUUACAGAAACCUCUUCAGCAGUAUUUACAGAAACUCUUCAGCAGUAUUUUAUACUAUCAAAACGGAAUGGUGUUAAUCUGGCUGUAACUCAUAUAUCUGUCUGUUAGUCUCUCCCUCCCUCCCUCUCCCCCUCUCUCGCCUUCCCCCUUUCUCUCUAUAUAUAAAACUAUUUCUCAAAAGAUGGUAAGAUGUAUUUUGUUAAAUGAUAAACAAAAGUGCUCUAUAAACUCAGUAAUGAACAACAGAGCUAUACAUAAUAUAUAAUACUAUAAUGUAAAUGGUUGGACCCUGAAAAAUGAAAUCAUGUUACAUACAUUAAAAUAAAGCAGGAGAAACACUGCUUUGAUGGUGGUAUUUCUCCUAAUUCUUUUGAAA